UUCCAUUUUCUGCAUCUCAUCAGAUUUGCAAGAAAGAAGCUUAGAGAGAGCAUUACCAAAAGCCAGAAACUUUAGCUUCUUCUUCUCCCCUUCCACUAUAUCAUCUUUCUUUAAGAAGGAAUGGAGUUCCAGAGCGAUCUAACCCGGGAGAUCUCGCCACAAAGAAAAAUGGGGAGGGGAAAGAUCGAAAUAAGGCGAAUCGAAAACACAACAAACAGACAGGUGACCUUCUGCAAGCGCAGAAAUGGUUUGUUGAAGAAGGCUUAUGAGUUAUCUGUUCUGUGUGACGCUGAAGUGGCUUUGAUUGUCUUCUCCAGCCGCGGCCGCCUCUACGAGUAUGCCAACAACAGUGUGAAAGCCACAAUUGAGAGGUACAAGAAGGCAUGCUCAGACUCCAGUAAUACUGGUUCCAUUUCUGAAGCCAAUGCUCAGUUUUAUCAGCAAGAAGCAUCCAAACUGCGUGUACAAAUCAGCAAUUUGCAGAACCAGAAUAGGAAUUACAUGGGUGAAGGUUUAGGUGCUUUGAGUCCAAGGGAUCUCAAGAAUCUUGAAUCCAGAAUCGAGAAAGGAAUAAGCAAAGUCCGAGCCAAGAAGAAUGAGAUGCUAUUUGCUGAAAUUGACUACAUGCAGAAAAGGCAGGAAAUUGAUUUACAUAAUAACAACCAAUACCUUCGCGCCAAGAUAAUAGAGACAGAGAGAGCUCAGCAUAUGGAGUUGAUGCCGGGGACAUGAACAUGAUCUACCCCUUCAGCUUGUCUAAAAAAAUACUUGGGCAAGCAAAAAGGGGUGUGAUAUGAUAUUUGCAGAGCUGGAACUGUCUUGGGCCUCCAUUAAUUCGUCCAUGAAGAUGGGAUUUCAAUUCUACUGUUUUUAACAUCAGUUACGUUAUUAUUUAGUACGUUUGGCAACUAUUUUAAGUUAUCUUC